GGUGAGUUCCUCAUAAUAUCACUAAUAAUAGAGAUUAAUAUUGGAGUUUAACUGGGUAACAGAGCAUCAACUCUAGCCCGACCGGAUGCCGCUUGUAAUUUGACAUCGGGUCUCGCCGGACGGGAAUUGAAACAGAAGAGAGGGACCCUUCGGAACCCGAGGAGAAGCAACCAAAUUGAAUUACAUAAUCGCGUACGCCUUUCCCAUUCGGACUUGUCACUUUCUCCACCAAAUUAUAACGUUCCGGUCAUCAAGUCCGCAGAAGGAUCACUUAAGUCUUAGGUUAGAAUAGGUUAAGAUAUACUCAACUUUUACGCCCUUGGUAUUCCCGAAAGCGACCGAACCAAUUCCGGGAGGCUAGACGCCAGCACGUAGACUAUUCCGGAGAAAAUUGGAAAUAAACAUACCACGAUGGCAAGUGAGGAACAGCCAAGACCUCCAUACCCCCCUUUCACGGCGGAAAGCGCCCAGAUAAAAGUGAAAGCGGCACAAGAUGCUUGGAAUACCAAAGACCCAGCGAAAGUGAAGCUCGCGUAUACAACAAAUUCGAUUUGGCGUAACCGUGACACUUUCAUCAAAGGACGGGAAGAUAUCGAGGCCUGGCUUACCCAGAAGUGGGAACGCGAAAACGGAUACCGGCUUCGUAAGGAGUUGUUCGCGUUUACCAAGAAUAAGAUCGCCGUUCAGUUCUGGUAUGAAUGGUAUGACAAGGAGGGGCAAUGGUGGCGUACAUACGGACUCGAGGAUUGGACUUUUUCUGACAAUGGGUUGAUGAGAAAGCGGCAGAUGAGUGGAAAUGAUGUUAAGAUCGCCGACGAUGAGAGAUGGUUUAAGGAUGGCGUGGACGUGAAUACUGUCGACAUCUCCGAAAGACAUUGGUAGGAAGGGGAAACUCUUCUACCAACAGAGGAAAUACGUUCAUAGGCCGUUUUCUCUAGCCUUGCAGUAAUCCAUUAAGAAUACGACAACCCAAAUAAUAUAGCUAUUGCUUUGAGAGUUGGGAGUGCGAAAUAAAAGUGUUUUCAAUCGUCAAUGACAACAUAACUCUCACGUCGUGAUACUUGGAUAGUCAUUCGAAGAUAGGAAACAUUAUUGAUCUCCCAACAAGAAC